CAGGUUCUGAGACUACGAGGAUUUUGAGGAAAACAGGUCAAGUCCAGCGCACCGUAAGCUUCCACCGGCCCGUUGGAUGAUGGAACCCACACACCACUUGCCGCUGAAACCUCCAAGGGCGCAGCCUGACUUGGGUACGCGCCACGUUUCCAGGCGUGAAUAACAUCCGCGCACGCGCGCGCAGCGAGACUACAUCUCCCAGAAAGCUCUACUCCUUGCAUGGGGACAGCCUUCGUAGCGGCGGACUACAUUACCCAGUGACACCUUGCGAGAGGUGUUGCCGGUCUACUACUAUACAACUAUUGGUCCAGGGCCUGCCGGAAGCUGUGCGGUGAUUGGCUACGGAGCCCGUCAGUUACUGCCGAGUUCAAUUAGGGUUGCUGUGAGACCGCUUGAGGAGGUAGGAAGAGAAGCGCGCGGAUCCUGGCCGCGCCCUUCGUGCCGGAUCAACAUCAAGGCUUACUGGUACCAGAAGGAAAUCCAACAAGCGGAAAAACUUUUCACUUCCAUCCUGAAACUGAUGGACGUUGGAUGGGCCAGAGGCAGGGAUGGUUGGCUAUGACCCCCAAGCUGAUGGCAGGAAUAUCUCCAGUUCUGAGGUGGCGGUGGCUGGGUCUGUGUCCGGACUUGUCACUCGGGUGAUGAUCAGCCCCUUGGAUGUCAUCAAGAUCCGUUUCCAGCUUCAGAUUGAGCGCCUGUCUCGCAGUGACCCCGGUGCAAAAUACCAUGGGAUCCUCCAGGCUGCGAGACAGAUUUUGCUGGAGGAAGGCCCGACGGCAUUCUGGAAGGGACACGUCCCAGCCCAGCUCCUCUCUAUAGGCUACGGAGCUGUCCAAUUUCUGUCAUUUGAAUUGCUCACCGAGCUGGUGCACAGAGCCAGCAGGUACGACGCCCGCGACUUUUCAGUGCACUUCGUGUGCGGCGGCCUGUCUGCCAGCGCGGCCACCCUCGCCGUGCAUCCCGUGGACGUCCUGCGCACCCGCUUUGCGGCUCAGGGUGAGCCCAAGGUGUAUAAAACCCUUCGAGACGCCGUGGUGACCAUGUACAGGACCGAAGGCCCCCUGGUCUUCUACAAAGGCUUGAACCCCACCUUGAUUGCCAUCUUCCCCUACGCCGGCUUCCAGUUCUCCUUUUAUAGCGCCUUGAAGCACGUGCACGAGUGGCUCAUGCCCGCCAAGGGAAAGAAAAACGAGAACCUCAAAAACCUGCUCUGUGGCAGUGGAGCAGGAGUCAUCAGCAAGACCCUCACGUACCCCCUGGACCUCUUCAAGAAACGGCUGCAGGUCGGAGGGUUUGAGCAGGCCCGAGCCACCUUUGGCCAGGUCCGCAGCUACAGGGGCCUCCUGGAUUGCGCCCAGCAGGUGCUACGAGAGGAAGGCCCAAGGGGCUUCUUCAAGGGCCUGUCCCCCAGCCUACUGAAGGCUGCUCUCUCCACCGGCUUCGUGUUCUUCUGGUAUGAGCUCUUCUGUAACCUCUUCCACUACAUGAAGAAGGUGGACAGCUAGCCCCGAGGGCAGGAAGGGCGGCCUCCUGAAGGAAAGAAGGCUCAUCUACGAUCUCAUGUUGCACUGUGAGCUGCUGCCCACUCCAUCCCUGCCCGCUGGCAUGGCUGUCACCAGAAGGGCAAGGAGAGCACAUAGGACUUGGUCUGUGGGGACACAGCCACGCUGGUCUGAGGAGUUUGUGGUGGUUUCUCUGUAGCCCACGCUCACAGGAAAGGCAGCAGCUGCUACCCUGUGUUCUUAGCCCCUUCUGCCCGAGAACUGUCCCUGCUCUGGGUGGGGCCGCGGCUGGGUCAUGAGGGCUGGGAUUGGGCCCUUGGCAGGGGCCUGGUCCUCACACCAUAGGCUCUUACUCCCGCCAGUUAAUUUAAAACACAUUGAAGCCAAAAGCACAUUUCCUUAAUCUCACUCCCAUCUUGCCUUCCACCUCGCACACCUCCUCCCAGGAGGGGACUGUUGUUUUCCUCAGAUUCCAUUUUUCUAAGUAGUUGCAUCCCUCACAUAGCUCUGCUUCUAGUUCUGGGGGAAGAAUUGGUCACUUUAUAACCUCGCCCCCACCCCAUCCCCAGAUCUUCAUGUCUCAACUCCCACUCAGGCUGUUCUCUCCCCUGGAUGACAGAGCACAGCUGAG